AUGCGGAGACAGACACGUUUCACAUUCUCAGAGUUUUCACGGCAACCAACCAUAUAUUUAGAACAAUAUAAACUCGUAUCCCGCAAUACUACCAACAUUAUCAUUAAUACAAAUUCAAUGAAGUUGCUAAUUCCAUUCUACACCGUUUCCGACUUUGAGAGGGGCAGCUUAGAAAGUCAAAAAUGGUCGGCCAAAGACGGAACUGUCAUGGCGUGUUAUUCGGAAAAAAACGCACCCCCGGGUUGUUUCACUUUAUUAAACCUUUGCUAUCAAUCUGCCCAUGCAAUUAUAUACAAUAUUUUCUUUUUACAAGCAAAUUUCGCACCGGCAAAGGAGCGUUGCGACAUGGUUGGAUUUCAAGCCCAGUGCUUUAGUGGUCUAGAGGAUAUUACCACAGGGGCCGGUUAUGGAGUCGCAAAUUUAAAACUGGACGAAGCGAGGAGGGCCAGGGUAGCUAAACAGCUCGGCAGUACUCGUACUCGAGCCUGGGGGAAGGCUUGCACGCAUCACGCAUGCAUGGAGCAUAUUUUCUUUUUAAGGGAAAAAAAAAUCCGAGGUGCUGAAGUUAUAUUAAAGAUUGGAGUCAAUACUUGA